AUGUGCUUAUCUCAGAUUGUCUGUCGCAAGUCCGUUAGUCCUGAAUUGCCUGGAAACGUAUGGAAGAUUGUCGAGCUAGACGCCAACCACAGAGGGCUCUGCAAGUUUGGCAACUCUGAUAAAGACCAGCACAACUUGAAACUCGUGGUUGAGAACAUCAAGCGCCUCUACCAAUUGGCGAUCGAGAAGCCCGAGUCCUAUCGUGCUUCUUACCCAGAUACGUCUGGUGUUCAGACGCCCCGCACUUCAGAAUAUAGCCAGGACAUACAUCAUGACAUAUUGGAGGAGAUCCAACGUGUCGCAUUGAGUACGGCCAAUGAGACAGAGCAGCUGGUAAUGACACCGAGUCAAGAGAGCCAACUCCAAGACGACGAACUAUGUGUUCAAGACUCUUUGCAAGCUACGUUCGACCACUCUGCUACCAAGGAUCUUACUGGAUCAUCCGUGCAAGAACUUCUCGUCGCGGACACUAAGGUAAUAGAGUCACUGGCCCAAGACAAGCUUUAUUCCCAAAUUCCCUUUGAGUUGCUCGUUGUUCUUUUGGACUGUAUUCGUCGUCGCCACGUCGAGACGUCUCAGUCCAAUACUUGGGAGAACCACGAGCUGAAGGUGAUCGAGCUUGGUACCAACAAGAUCGCUCAUCUGUUAUUCAGAUGCAGUGGGGAGCGGGAGAAGCUGGAUAUCAUUUGCAAACUUCCUGGUGUUGUGACGAUAAGCCACGCCGUGACGAACCUGUUCGAUGCAACUGACGAUGGCGGGAUGCAAAGGCUGUUGGAGAAGUUCGUGACUGGGCAGGCCAAGGUUCUCAUUACAAAGGACUGCAAGACCCGGGGUGUUAAUCUUCCCUCUAGCUCCAUGGUCAUCAACUACGAUGUCCCGGAUGCCGACGCUUACCGGUACAAUCGUCAGGCUAGUCGUGCUGGCAAAGCUGGGCGCUUUGGGUUCGCAGUGAAUCUUCUUAUGAAUAACUGA